CUGACAACCAGGGUUGUAUUACGGCUCUUAAAGCCAGUCGCUUUUUGCAACGUUGUCCAGAAUGACAUUCUGCAACGUCUCUCAUUUGCUCUCAAACACGGCAUCCGGAUCUCUGUUUGAUGGGUGAGGUCUUGCGACAACCUGGCAGAUGCCAUCUCUCGCGGCAUUUUUCCCGCUUCCCACUCUCGUUUCAGCUCUCCUCCCUUGCCUGCUUACCUCGAACCCUUUAUCCGCUUGGUGUAGUUUGGUGAAGGUCCUCCACGGCUCUACGCUGUUCUAUGUAAUGGCCGGUCUGGGAACUUCUGAUAUCAGCAACUUUCGAGACGGACAGAUUUUGUACGCUGACAUAUCGUGUCACCAACGAAGGACACAGUGCUCCUGCCUGACACGACGACGGAGCAUCUCCCCAUGAACAGUAACCUUGCAAUCAAAUACAACGGCUCGAUGACAUUCACAUCAAUCUCGCCCAACGGUAUGGUUGUCUGAAAGUCUACCACCUGUCCGUCGUAAGAUGCAACUUCCAGCGCUGCCACAAUACAAGAAACUCCCG